AUGAGAUAUCUGUUCUCCGUAACAUGCGUCGCACAGGCUCUUGCAGCUCUGCUUCCAACCAUACCACAACGUGGCAAUGGUUCGGCCGUGCCGUUCCAUUCGACACAUGCCUCGUAUCCUCGACUCCAUGACGCGCGUUACGUGAACAGCACCACUACCAAUGCCGCACUCACAUUGUCAGCCGAUCCGUCGACUGGCGUAACGGAUGAUGUCGCCCCGUCACGCUCUUCAGUGUCCACUGACCGAGCCCAAGCUACUGUUUUCCCAGAAUCGCACCGCUCUACCCAGACCACUUGGACGACGGCUUGGGAAUCCACGGAGACCAGUGUAGUGAGACAGUCCACUACCUCGCAAGCUGAUAAGUCCGUCGCGUCUCCUAGCCGGGAAAAAACCAGCAUAUCUCGCAUGACAAUGACAAACCAGCAUCUCCCUCCAUCCGAAGCAUAUGCAACAAGCCACAUUGGUAAAACCGACCGUCCUUUAGAGGCUCAGGACAUAGGUCUAUCCCACGAUACUGGAGUCAUUAUGCCCUCCUCUAUCCUGCCGCCCGAGUCUGAUCUGGUUACUGUGCCGCACGUAGAAUCAAAUAUGUCCCCCACGGCGCCAGCAGACAAAGCGACGAUGGCGAGCGUGAUGGGAGGGACUACCGUGACUCCUGCUGAAGAUAAGGUCACGGGAGUGUCCCUGACGUUGUCAGCACAACCCACGUUAUCGCCACUGCAGCGCCCUCUAGUCGAGGCGGCCGCCAGCACCAAGCAGAGCGUGGAGAGCGUCAUGGACUCUGCACAUAGUGUGCCAGAAGGGUUUACGGUCCACCAGCCAAUGGAAGAAAAAACCCCAACGUUUCCCUUGACAGUGCCGGCGCCUGAGGUGUCCGAUGUCACGGCUGUCAUAGUCCCAGAUACGAGCAGUGUGUUUGUCGCAACAGUCAGUACAUCAUCGCUCGUGGCCACCGAUGAAGUAGCGUCGAAUACCGCUACGCAGAAGAGCUCUGACGCGCCGAAUGUUACCAUAGGCCACGGAGUGAGCAAGUUCGGAAGUAAUGGGCUUCCAACCACCAGUCGCGAGCCAAACGAGAAUACACUGGAGAGCGGUGGCAAUAAUCCAACCCCCAGGCAGCAGGCAUUCACAGCAGGGAUCGUUGGCGGGGCGGCCAUUCUGGCAAUUACAUGUGGUGCCGUGGUUUUCCUGGUCUUUCAUCGACGUAGGCGCCGUGUCCACCCAUACAAGCAGUUUGGACCGGCCAAAAGUGACAACUCCCUCGACUUUCAAUGCGUAGGCUUAAAGCAGCCGUGA